AUGGUCAAAAGCCCGCACUCAACUUACUAUGAUCCCCGCCUGCGACAGGGCGCUGCGCUCGUUCGAGCUCGAAGACCCUAUCUUUUCAAGAAUACUGUCACUGGCCUUGGUCUCCUAGGUGUGGUUGGAAGCAUCUAUUGGUAUACCCUCAACGCCGUUGGCCAAGACAAUUUCGACGAUGUCAAGGUCCCCGAUGCGCCCAAGCCCGUCGCUUCCAAGCAGGCCUCGCUACUCAUGAAGCCUGUUGCGCAAAACGCCUACCAAAACUCCGAUCGCCCUAUGUGCAACAUGCUGGCCAACUAG